AUGGCCUCGGAGACACCCUCUACUCAAAAGAGGUUCUUCAGUACCUCCUCUCCGUGGGAGGCCAAGUUCGGUUACUAUCGCGCCGUGCGACAUGGCCGUCACAUCUUCGUGUCUGGCUCGACCGCGGCAGACCCGGACUCCCCUCCUGAGGCACCCCGAGUCCGGUUCCCUGGCGAUGCUCGCCAACAGACGCGGAUCACUUUGGAGGAGAUCAUCCAAGCCAUCCAGGCUGUUGGUGGUCGAGGCGCAGAAAGCGUAGUGCGGUGCCGGAUGUUUGUUAGCAGGAAAGAAGAUUGUGGCGUCGUUGGAGAAGCAUUCCGGGAGGUUCUGGGCAAGCAUAACGGUGGCCAAGUCGGUGCUGCCGCAACGAUGAUUGUGGUGGCUAACAGCUUUGUGGAUGAUGAUAUGCUGGUUGAGAUUGAGGUGGAUGCAAUUGCAGAGGAGGAUUAG